GUGUGUGUGCAGGAUGAGCUGAAGCAGAAGGAGCAGAGCUCGAGGAAGGUGGAGCAGGAGAUGGACAGCCUGAGCUUCAGGAACCAGCAGCUGACCAAACGAGUGGAGCUGCUGCAGGAGGAGCUGCUGCUGUCAGAGAGCAAGAGCAAGAAGAGCAAAAAUAAAGGCGACUCGCCCUCUCAGGUCAGCCUGCAGACACAGAGCGUGUUUGAUGAAGACCUGCAGAAGAAGAUCCAGGAGAAUGAGCGGCUUCACAUCCAGGUGUUCAUCACGCCACACCGCUGUGUUUGAACAUUUCUUUGACAUUCUGAUGAGCUUCACACAGGGAAUGCAUGGACUCUCAAGGCUCAAUAAUGUCAUCUCAUACAGCAUUAAAAUAACAAUUCAGAUGUUAUUGUACAAAAUACAUGUCACACAUACAGUCAGUUGCACACACAGAAACAUACUCAACAUCACUGUUUUGAAGUAAUUAAACUCACAGCUUUGCA